AUGGGCCACCUAGCAGCCUGGAUCAAUGAGAAGCAAGGCCUCGUUGCCCCCAGCCCAGCAGACACACCGUCACCCGGGCCUAACGAGCUGCUGAUCAAGGUGAACGUCAUCGGGUUCUCUCCCAUCGAGUCCAAGGUUCAAAAAUUCGCCACACACCUCAUCCCGUACCCCAACAUCCUCGGUUUCAGCUACGCGGGCACCGUUGAAAGCAUCGGCCCAGACGUACCCAACUUCAAGCCCGGCGACAGGGUUGCCUCCAUACGAACUGGGCCGCGAUCCGCCGACCCUCGCUUUGGCGCCUACCAGCAAUAUGCCCUUGCAUCCGCCAGUUCGACCGCCAGACUACCGCAGAACGUCCCGCUGGAAUCCGCGGCAUCGACCAUCAUGAAUCUCGCCGCCGUCACUUCUGCGUUGACCCUGUUCCUCGGCCUCGAGCGACCAAUCAUUGACGGCAAGACUGCGGAGCAGCGCACGGAGAAGGUCCUCAUCUACGGCGGCUCCAGCUCCAAUGGCGGCCUAGCCGUCCGCUACGCUCGCGCCGCCGGCUACCAGGUCGUCACCACCUCCUCCCCCAAGCACCGCGAGUACGUGGAGUCGCUUGAUCCUCAAGUCGUGCUCGACCACGGGAAAGUGGCCGUGGAAUUGGCUACCGACAUCAAAGCCAACGGGCCCUACCACCAGGUCUUCGACACCAUCGGCCUGCCGCCCGUCACCGACAUGCUCGUCGAGUAUUUCGCAUCUCUGGGCGGUGGAGUGUACCACACGCUCAUCCCACCCUUGGGUGGUGAGAAGCCGAUUCCCGACAGCGUGCAGCGCAAGUUCGCGCCUUACAGCUUCUCGCUAGAGGAGCCGGCCAACAAGGAGUUGAAGGAGUGGUUCUAUGACACGCUGGUGCCGAAGGGACUGGAGAGUGGUGCCAUCGUGCCCACGCGGCCACAGUGGGUUGAGGGCGGACUAAAGAAUGUGCAGACGGCGCUGGAUCUGAUGGCGGAUGGAGCUGUGAGUGGGCAUAAGCUGGUGAUGGAUCCAUGGGCUUGA